AUGGAAAUGCAGCAGAAGACGUUGCUGAAUGGAUCGGAAGGAUCCGAAAAUCCACGACAAUUGCACAACAAUGUGGAUAAGACUUGUACCGAAGAUCAAAAGUCUUCGGAGACAAGAUCUGAAUACUCGCAAUCCGAUCCCAGUGCCGGGGAUGCUUCUGAGGGUGGUUGCUCUAUCGAAACUGCUGUAGCUGUUGCUGAUGUUUCUGCAGGCAAUGCCGGAGGCGGAAUUGCUGCGGAUGGCGUUGAGGAUUGCACCAAAACUGCACCUGCUACUACUGAAGGUGUGGUAAACGAUCAUGGAACUACACCUAAUGGUGGUAGCAACGGGGGAGCUCAACCUGAGGAUGGUGGAAUUCGCGUCGAAACUGCACUGUCUGCCGGUGGAGGUGAUGACGAUGUGUUGGGGGUCGAUCUUAACUUUUCCUAUAAAAGUGAUAGUGGUGAUGGUGAACAGGCUGCGGAGGAAGCUAAAGAUGGUGCUGAGGUUAGCAGCGUUAAUGUCGCUGGGGGUGCGGGUGCUGCUAAUGGUGAUGGACCAGUGAUGCCCGCAAAAAAAAGGAUCAAGUCCGAAUGCAAUGGUGAUAAGGACCCACCGGUGAUCCAUGGACCGGAAGAAGAUGGUGAGGGAGGAGGCCCAUCAGUUGGUGGUGGAAGCGGUGGCGUUGAGCAGCCAAAGUAUGGAAUUAGGCUGUUUGGUUUUGAUAUCUAG